AAACCUCAUUCAGUUAAAUACUUUCGCAAUGAUAGCAUUUCGAAGCGGUGCGUUCCUAAUUCUUUUAAUAGUUUGCAGUUGUAUAUUGGUUUCACUUGGUAUAAAGUGUCGAACGGAUGAAGGUCCUUCCGAUGAGGAUCUAAAACGGAUAACUCGAUCGUGUAUGAGAAAGAUCAGUGAAAAUGGUGGGCGAUACAAUCAAAAUCAAAGUGACAGUUCGUAUGGCACAUAUGACAAUUGGGACUAUGACGAAUACAAUCGGGAUGAUAGAUUUCGUCAGGGUAAUCGUGAACGUUUGCAAAUGAGAGGGCGAUCAAAACGAUCAGGAAACGAUCGAAAAUAUGAUCUGACAAAUAGGGAACGAAAUGGGAAUCAGAAUUCCCGCACAAGUGGCAACACUAACAGCAAUAAUAACUACAACAAUCAUCAUGGUAAUAGUAUGGGAGGAAAUAGCAAUAAUCAUACUUCGUAUGGAGAUCGACGAUCUCGGGAUAUGCAGAAUGAUCAGGACAGAGCUUGUGUGGUUCAUUGUUUCUUUGAGGAACUGAAUGUGCUCAAUAAUGAUGAUUACCCGGACAAACAUAAAUUCACUUAUAUCCUUACGAAGGAUAUUCGUGAUCGUGAACUGCGAGGAUUCUACACCGACACUAUUCAGGAAUGUUUCCAUUACGUGGAAACACAACGACGCAAGGACAAGUGUCAAUUUUCAAGAGAAAUUAUCAAUUGCAUGACAGAAUAUGCAAAGUCAAAUUGUGAAGAUUGGCAGGAUCAUACGUUGAUUUUUACAUAAUGAUUGAAAUUAUCUAUUUUUAAAGAUUUGGUUUUGGAAUUAUACAAGAAACAAUUAUUAA